AAAAGUUACCAAAGCACACAUAAUCAACGUUCGCUCGGUGCUCGGUGACGUAUGCGUAAUAUUUGUGCACGCCCACCAACCGGCGUACUCCUGUAUCUGUCUGUUUAAGCUCAACAUGUGGUCCUUUGUCAUGUGUGUGUGUGUGUGUGUGUGUCUGUUGGACCAAUGGCAGGCUUGCAUUUGGUCUGUGUGCGUGCUCAGCGGAAGUAAAUAAAAGCUGAUGUCCUGUCAAGGCAGACCAUCAUUCGAGUGCCUGCGUUCAACAAGUUCAAUUCUAUCAGACAGUGAAGUCAUCUACAGCAAAGCCGCAGCCAGUUUUGCAAGUUUUUGAACAUUCUAAGUGAUCUUAAACAAAAUUGACAACAGUAUGUCUCACGCUCAGAGCUUUGCGAUUUGCUGCCUAGCCAUUGUCCUGUUGGCUGUGUGUGUGCAGAGUGCAGAAGCAGCCUCACAGGCACCACUAUGCCAGCCCGGCAUUUUCGAGGAGAUGCCUGAACAUAUCAAAAAGGUUUGCAUGGCCCUGGAGAAUUCCGAUCAAUUGAAUUCUGCACUCAAAUCCUACAUCAACAAUGAAGCGUCUGCUCUUGUUGCGAAUUCCGAUGAUUUGCUAAAAAACUAUAAUAAACGCACAGAUGUCGAUCAUGUAUUCCUGCGCUUUGGCAAACGUCGUUAAAGACCUUGCCGUAUAACCUUCUUAAAUCAUUCUCCAACGAUGCUACGAUACGACCCUGGAUAACGAUCGAUAGGUUUUUUUUUUAGCUGAAAACUCAACACAAAUGGCGUCUUCUCCCUAUAUGCAUAAUGUAUUCUCGGCACAUUGGCGUUAAACAUUUAAAAUAAUCAACUUGGAAGCUCUCUAGUUCAUUAAUAAAUCAAACAAUUUAAUGUAUACUUACUCGUUAAUAUAUUAUAUUUGUAUAUACAUAUAUACACGUACAUACUCAAGGACCCCCGAAGAACGUAUUGUACAUGUUGAUCUCUUUAUUUAUAUUUUGAUUUAGAACACUUUAUUAUUCAAUAAUAAAAAAAAAAAUGUUUAUACCACAUAAUAUUCAAUAAUAAUUAACAGUACAUAUUUCCCUUACACAAAGCACUUGCAAAAAUAACCUAUAUAUAAUUAAAUUGUUAUGACGUUUGAAAAUGUAAAUCUUAACUGCAUUAAUUUUUAAAUAAAGUCUCUUUUUCUUCUCAAACUCAAUGCGUGAAAAAAUGCAA